GGAAUUUGGUUAUGUUUAUCAGAUUUUCAGAUUUUGACAUUAUAUUUAUUUGAAAACAUCCAUCAGUUAUUUUAAUAUUAAUCGUGGUGCAGCUUCCAUUGUGCAAAAAAUGAAUGCAAACAUCUAAAGGAAACCAAUGAAGUAUUAAGUAACAUUCCUUAAGUUACAUAAAUCUCUUGUUGCAACUUCUCCUAUUUCCUCACCAUCAUGCCGAAAUUUUUCUCAGAUUCUAUUAUUUUCAAUUACACAUGGGACCAAGUUGCGCAGGGCUUUUGGAAGAGGUAUCCAAAUCCAAACAGUAAGCACGUGCUGACGGAAGACACGGUUGUAAGAGAAGUACGAGCAGGCAAACUAUUUUCCAAGCGUCUUUUGAGCAAGACCAACAGCAUUCCAAAAUGGGCCGAACGAUUCUUCCACGCAAAGUCUGUAAAUAUUAUAGAAGAGAGCAUCGUCGAUCCUGUUAACAAGAUUCUUGUUACUUAUACCAGAAAUUUGGGCUUUGUUAAAGUUAUGAGUGUGACGGAAAAAGUCAUUUACAAGGAAAGUGAAGAGCACCCAGGGAAAACCGUAGCCUUAAGAUACGCUUGGAUAGACUCCCAAGUGAAGGGUUUCAGUCGAGCAAUUUGUGCAUUUGGGUACGACAGGUUCAAGAAAAAUUGCAAUAAAAUGGUAUCUGGUUUCAACCAUGUGCUGGCAAAUUUAUAUUCCUCUCACAGUCCAAUACCUUCGUCGUACGCCACUGUAAAGACAACAACAAAACUUAAAGAUGCAGCUAAAAAUGCAUCGGAAUUGGCCAAGUCUAAAGCAGCUCCAAUAUAUGCUUCAUUACAUCCCAAUCAAUCAUAAGCAGUACAGUUGUAACAACAUUGCCACGUUGACACCACUAUAUUGACUCUAAAUGUAUAAAAUUUUUCAGUAAAUAGGCUUUUCUUUCUGUACAUUAAAAAAUGAAGUAACUGUUAUGAAAUUCGUUCUUAGUUGAUAACUGAAGGAAAAUGGUUUAAUUGAUUAGCGCUUAUUUUCAUACAUUUUUAAGUAAAAUAGCCCGAGAGGAUAAAUUAGAUUAGUCUAGAUUCCAAUGUUGUUAUAUCAGGUUUUUAUUGUUCAAUGUCGAGGAAUUUAGCUUAAAUCUUUCAAAUACUUUUGAUAUAUUUUUUAUUGAACUAGUCAUACCAAUUAGUGUAUUAUGAUGUUUGUAAUACUUUUAUUAUUAAAUUCAUUUUUGUAAAUAUUUGUUACCCGGGAAAGUAGAUAAUUUUAUUAAAUUAUGAUUUAAAACUCGAAAAACAGGGAAUAUUUCGAUAUGUUCGAUUGUAUUUAAUAUAUCAAUUAAAACAUGUGUAUUUACAAAUGAAAUGUAUAACUAUCAUCAAUUUUAAUGCAUUUUUUACUCUCAACAAUUUAGUUAACAAUAGGAAUUUGGAUAUUAGUUAGGUUUUUAAAUUACCUGUAACAAUAGAAAAUAUAAACAUGUAUCCAAUACUAUAAAUAAAAUAAAACUAUCACCUAUUCUUAACGAUUCCAGUAUUUCAAAGAUAUCCUCGUUUAAAUGAUGAUGAUAAAGGGAAAAGUAGUGCUCUAGCGAACCUCCAGCUGCUUGCAUAAUUAUUUCUGGUCCCCCAGGAUGUUCAUCAAUGUAAUCUGUAAUAUCG